GUAAGCGGACACACGCAGGCUUGUUCGGGGCAGAGCCGGACGCACGGAGGCUGGAGGAGGAGGAGGAGGACUCUCACGGGGGUGGUCGCGGAGUUUUUCAACUUUUAUUCAUUAACCCCGGGACGAGUUAAGGGACGGUAACAAAAGUUGGGAAACGGCAGAGACACGUUUUACUUUUCAGGGUCUGGAUCUUUUAUUGAGUCUCCGAGGUGCCGGACUGUGAGCGAGCAACUCCCCCUGGAAGUGUCGCUCUCCAGCCGGCUGCUGCUGGCGCUUGAGCUCGGCUUCAGCCUCCGGAACUUCACUUUGACGCAGCGGACAUAUUCAACUCCUCCACCAUGGAUAAAUACGAGGACUUGGGACUGGAGGCGAGCAAGUUCAUCGAGGACCUGAACAUGUACGAGGCAUCCCGGGACGGCUUGUUCCGGACCAGGAGGGAUGCGGGAAACAACCCGGACUUUGAGGAGACGCGAAAGGUCUUCGCCUCUAAAAUGACUAAAAUCCACAUGCAGAAGCACCAGGAGGAGAUGGCCAAAACCACCCAGGCAAUCAAAAUGAACGGAGGUCACAGCAGCACUUACUACACCAAAGACAGGCCGCCCAUCAACAGCUUCAGGCAGCCGGGGGAGGCGGCCGCGAAGCCCCCGAUGCUCUCCGGCCCCGCGGCGGGCACCGGGGGUCAGUACGCGCCGCUCGACGGCCACAAGCACCACCCGGGGGUCCAGGGUGAGCCUCCAGCAGGGAGGGCGUACGGCUACGGGAACAGCUACGACAACCAGGAGCUGCAUUCGUACCAGAACAGCAGCCCCACUCCUCCUCCGAGCCCAGGGUCUCACUGCGCGCCCACACAGGCUCGUCCCCCGGGCAGCCAGCCGGCCGCCUGGACCCCCUGCCGGGAGAGCCAGCUCUCUCCCUGUCCGUCCGAGGGCAGCACUUCAUCUCAGCCCCCCACCGCCAGCAGCCUUCCAUCCCAGCAGAGCCAGGCUGGCAUCCCUGCUUCUGUCAGCCAGGGUCCCGGCUCGGCCAGACCGGACCUCCUCCCCGCCCUGCCUCUGAGUGCCUUCACCGGGGGAGCAGAGUUCCAUGUGCAUCAGUCCUCCACGCAGCCUGCAGCCCACUAUGCACCACCUUCUCCCACUUUGAGAUCCUCUCCCAUCCACAAUGGUCCUGGCAGAGCUUCCCCUAUCCGACCUGCACCCCCCGGAUCCCCUCAACCCAAGGCCCAGGUGGCAUCCGCUGCCUUCAGCCAUGCCACUGUGUCCAAAAGCAGCAGCCAGAGUCCAGGUCAGAGCCAGAUCCCGAGCUGUGGACAGGCUGUCAUUGCUGAAGCCGAGGCCCUCCGGUUCCCCAGGGCGGCCCAGCCACCCUGCCAGCCUCUACUCACCCCACCCUCUGACCAGGGGCCCUCAGCUGCUGAAAUAAAACUAGAAGCUCUCACUAAACGUCUGGAAAAAGAGAUGGAUGCCCAGCCCAAGGCAGACUACUUCGGAGUGUGUGUGAAGUGUAACAAGGCAGUGCACGGAGCCAACCAGGCCUGCCAGGCGAUGGGGGGGCUCUACCACGACAGCUGCUUCACCUGCAGUGCCUGCAGUCGAAAGCUGAGAGGGAAGGCUUUCUACUAUGUCGGAGGGAAGGUUUUCUGUGAAGAGGACUUUCUGUACUCUGGUUUUCAACAGUCUGCAGACAAGUGCAACGCCUGUGGACAUCUGAUUAUGGACAUGAUCUUGCAAGCCCUCGGGAAGUCCUACCACCCCGGCUGCUUCCGCUGCGUCGUCUGUAACGAGAGCCUUGAUGGAGUGCCCUUCACCGUGGACACCGAAAACAAGAUCUACUGUGUCAAAGACUACCACAGGGUCCUGGCCCCGAAAUGUGCAGCGUGUAAUCAGCCCAUCCUGCCCUCAGAGGGGUCUGAUGAAACCGUUCGAGUAGUAUCCAUGGACAAGGACUACCACGUGGAAUGCUAUCACUGUGAGGAUUGCAAGAAGGAGCUGAACGACGAGGAGGGUCACCGCUGCUACCCCCUGAACGGCCACCUCCUCUGCCACUCCUGCCACCUGAAGAACAUCGAGCCCGGCUGCUCCUCUCCUGUCACGACCUCCUCCUUCUGAAGCCUUCUGUAGGUGAACAGAGACGCCUGGUGGUCGUAACAAAGAACUGCCAAAGAGUGACUUGAACUGCAGGAGCGUCCACGUACAAUUCUUGUUGUAGAGGAUUGAGUGAUUUAAUGCCUCAAAUAAUACUACGGUUAGGUUUGUGUUCUGACAGGAAUGUUAAUAGGAAGGUUAUGACGCAGUGAUGAAGUAUUGUAACUCACCAAAACUCUUCUUUGAAUGCUAUGUAUUGACUUUGCAGUAAGUUUUGCCAAUAUCAUUAUUUGUAUGUAAAUAUCAGUUUCAUUGGCCAUGUAAAUAUCUUAUAGUCAAUUUCUUUUAGAUACAGUGUGCCUUAAAUUCCCUUUCACCCACCUGCUUUUGAAUUAAUGCUCAACAUGCAUCUACAGAUCCUCUGUCCAAAGGUUCUGCUAAGAUUUAAUAUGUGUAGGUUAAGUCCACGGAAAUCCCUGGUACCUAAUGUUUAAGUCAGACAGAGAGGAUAACUUAAUAUUCAGUCUACUGUUGAUGAUCAAUGGUUUGGUUUCCCCUCUGAAUUAAGGACAACACUUUCUUCAUGCAAUAAAUGAACAGUGGAAACAAA